GCGGCAUCCCCGGACGGCGCCUCUCCGCGCAGGGCCGGGGGCUUCCCGAAACAGAAGGUGUGCUCAGCACAGAUGCCAGCACUCUCCAAGGAAUAACAUCUUCAUCCCAAAGUGACACCGGCUCCUGCGAGUAUCAUGGGACCAGACGGUGGCUUCUUAAGCAGUGGGGAGGUCCAUGCCAUCCUGUGGGGAAGUUUGGCAGCUAUGACCACACUCCUAUUCCUCACCUUCCUCAUCUUCCUCUGCUCCAGCUGCAACAGGGAGAAGAAGCCGAAACAUCAGAAUGGAGAUCAUGAAAAUCUGAUGAAUGUGCCUUCUGAUAAGGAGAUGUUCAGCCACUCUAUCACAAGUUCAGCUACUGAGCCUCCUCCAAGCAGCGACCACAACGGGGCACUCAGCAAUGGCGAGGUUCUCUCAGAGGACAGUACAACUGCCUGCAUCCAGCCUUAUGAAGAAGUACAAACGUCUGUCUCUGAUCUACUAGAUCAGCAGGAUAGUCUUGGAAAAUCCAUUAAAUGUCACCAGAGCCGGGAACUACCCAGUAUUCCUCCUAACGGUACCAUGGAAACCAUCAUCUCAGCUAGAAAUGCAGAAAAUGAUCAAGGUCUUGGAAUGGAAGGGCCUUAUGAAGUCCUGAAAGACAGCUCCUCUCAAGAGAACAUAGUUGAAGACUGCUUGUAUGAAACUGUGAAGGAAAUUAAAGAUGUCGGAGCAGUAGCCAAUAUGGAAAGAAGCUGUAACAAUAAAUCGAGGGCUUCACUGGUGGUUUCUGAAGGUCAGAUUCAGAUCCCUGAGUGCAGAAUUGAAUCAGCAGAAUAUGCAUCUGUUGAUCGAAAUAAAAAAAGUCGCCAAAGUGCUAAUUCGGGCAGCCCUCUUGGCAACACACCAGAUAUAGAGGAUGAGCCCCCCCCUCCAGUACCCAUGAAACUUCUUGAUGAAAAUGAGAAUGUGCAAGAACAAAAAGUGGAAGAAGAGCAAGGGACAGAAGGAGCAAGUAAACCAGAGAAGAGGCUUAGUUCAGUGUCUUACAAGUCUCGAGAGGAAGAUCCAUCUCUUACAGAAGACGAUAUUUCAGCCAUGUACUCUUCGGUGAGUAAGCCAGGACAGGCCAUCAAGGCACUGGAUUCUACUUACACCUGUAUUCAAGAAGUUGCAUCUCCGAGGUCCCCAUCUAUUUGCAGUGGCCUCUAUGCAAGUGUAAAGGACUUUGAAAACACCCUAAAUACUACCACCGUGCCUCAAUCAGCAGACAGACCAAACGGGGAGUUAGAGCCUGACUACGAGGCUAUCCAGACAGUGAGCCAGGAAGAAGACAGGACCUUGUCUGUGCCUAACACAAACCACAGUGCUCUUUCAGGAGAGAAUGACUAUGAGAGCAUAGGGGACUUGCAGCACCACAGAGAUUUCACCAGACUUUAAUUACUUUGGCAGCCAGAUUUCAGCGUUUAUCUUAUCAGCUGGAAUUUUAGAAGGAACAUGUGAAACAAGAAGAGAGUGUUCCUGCUGAGGAACCAAGUUAAGUACAGAACAAAAGUUGUGAGGAAGCAAUGCAUGUUUCAACGAGGGUGCAAUAUCCCUUAGCUUAUUCUUGGUUUCUUGGAUAUUCUUGGAUUGCAGCUCACUAGAAAAGUUGCGUCAGUUCAGAAUUAGGACUAAAACAAUGUAAAGGCUUUUGUGUUGCCACUUCCAAGACAACCAGAAUUUGGGAAUUUUGCAAAGUGUGCUGUGUUUUCUCAAGAAGAUCAUAUACCAAAAAGACUGCGCUUACACAAAGCUAGCUUUUAAUUUUAAAAGAUUAUGUCAUUUGUUUCAAGCUGUUUUUCAAGAAUCAUUUUUCAUUCAAGUUCAGCCUUCAUCUUUGUUGAGCAAAUCACAGAUCAUUAUGCCUCAACUCAGACUUACUUUGCUGGGGUGGGGAAGGUGUGUUAACUUUCAUGUCUUUUGGAGAGCUCUGUAAUUCAGCUUGCCAAGACUAUGAGCAGUCAGACGGGAUUGGAGAGGGAGUCAGAAUAUCAGUAUGUUCUGCUCCAUUUUCAUUACAAUAAAGUGCAAACAACAAUACUUUACUUCACAAGGGACCUACUCCAGAUGUACUUGAAUUAAUUCUGUAGGCUCUUUAUUUUAUUUUUUUUUAUUAUUUUUUUUAUGUUAAGGGCUGUAGAACUUGACUUUCAGUAUUUAAGAUACAUAGUGAUGUUUGUGGGGUUUGUUUUGUUUAAAUAUUUGUGAAAUACUUUUUUUUAAAUGGCACCUUUAGCUUUCUUGCUCUAUUCCCAUUGUGUGCACAUAUAAUACUUACACACACACGACAAUUGUCGUGUUGCAUCAA